CAGAGAAGCAGCAGAAGAAGCUGAAGCAGCCUGUGUGAGUAGAACGAGAUCAGGAGAGACUGAAGCAGGAAGAGGAGACAAGGACAGGAAAAGUGUCCACAUGGAGACGUGAGACACAUGUGAAGACAAGCAGAUGUGAGGAGGAGGAAACCUGCAGACGCAGAGCGAGCCAACACAAACUCCAGCAGGUCGUUUCAUCUGAAGCCGCCAUCAUGUUUGUUGCCAGAGCCACAGCCGCCCUCACCCUCGCCGCCUUCUCCGCCCUCUCCGCCCUCAUAGCUCCACCCUGCUCAGCUCAAGAAACUGAGUGUAGAUGUAACGUCAGCAACAGUCGCUGUGACGACGCCGGAGUGUGUCGGUGUGACCCUGGUUGGGAUGGCGAGCUCUGUGACCGUUGCGUCCUGAUGCCCGGCUGCGUCCACGGCUCGUGUCAGCAGCCGUGGCAGUGUAGCUGUGAUGUGGGGUGGGCGGGGCGUUUCUGCGACAAAGAUCUGUCCGUGUGCUCGCGGCUGCGUCCGUGUCAGAACGGAGCGUCCUGUGUGACGGAGGACAGUGGCGAGUACGCGUGUCUCUGUCCUGACAGCUUCCACGGACGAAACUGUCAUCUGAAGGCGGGGCCGUGUCAUCAGAGGAGGUCUCCGUGUAAAAAUGGCGGCCUGUGUGAAGACGCAGACGGUUUUGCGGCGGCGUUGACGUGCCGCUGUCUGGUCGGCUUCACGGGACCGCGCUGUGAGACCGACGUGGACGACUGUCUCAUGAUGCCGUGUGGGAACGGCGCCACCUGUGUGGACGGCGUGAACCGCUUCUCGUGUCUCUGCCCCACCGGCUUCACUGGACGCUUCUGCACCGUCAACACGGACGACUGCGUGAGUCAGCCGUGUGUCAACGGCGGCCGCUGCCUGGACCGCGCCGGAGGCUUCCACUGCCUCUGUGCGCCUGGAUACACCGGCGCCACUUGUGACACGCCCCUCAACUGCCACGACGGAUGGGAGGGAGGAGGAGGAGAAGGUGGAGUCAGACACCACCUUACCACAGCAGAGAAGAACUAUAGGACGAACAGUAAUGGCAGUCGUCAUGGCGACCGGUUGUUCAGGGUGACGGUAAGCGAGCACGUCGCCACCAGUUUAUCGGACACCGAGCUUGCCGUCGUGCUGGUGCUGGCGGCGCUGACGCUGGGUGCGGUGGUGCUGACCGCCGCCUUCAUACUGCAGGGUCACCGCAGGGACUGUGGACACGCCCCCUGCUGGACCGUGACCUCGCCGCCAACAGCGAUACAGAAAAGAUGGCGAGCGCAGCAGGACGAACCGGAGCAGCCAAUCAGCUUCCUGAACGCCACCGAGCCAGAGAAGAAGAAACUGAACACGGAGGUCGUAUAGAGAGAGAGAGGGCGAGCAAGGCCCAGAGGUCAGCUGACUACGGAAAGCCAACAGGGUCAUGUUACGUCUGACGUCACACGUAAAUAGGUUUUCCAGAGCUGACGUCUGAUUCUCCCAUGAUGCAUCUGCUGGUAAUAAACAUUUUAACUGUGACAUCAUCAGCGUCUGUGAUGUCAUUUCCUUCUGGACUAAUGUGGCGAUGCCUCCGCCGAGACGUUACUAUGACGACCAUGUGAACUGAUUUUACAGUGACGUCAUCAUCUGGUACGAUGACGUCACUGAUUAAUGUUGGAU